CCUCAGUUCGUCGUGCUGCGCAAAAUGGAGUUAGUCAGAAGCUUAUGGAGGAAGUCGACGUUUUUGUACAAGAGCGGUGUGCAGGCAUCGCUGAGACACAGUGGCAGUACAACGUCGAACGUAGCCGAGGUAGCGGUGUUCUCACGAGAUGGCGAUUCCGGCCUGACCAUCACCGAUGCCGGAGACACGAAGCCGAAAGACGAUAUUAUUUUUAACGCCCUUGGGGCCACCGAUGAGCUGUCCUCCUACAUAGGACUGGCGAGAGAAUUCGCGUGCGACGGGAAGGUCGAACAUCCAUACGUCGACAAGCUCAAAAGAGUACAGAUGAUCCUGUUUGAUCUGAGCCAUGCCAUAUCGAAGUCUAUUCCCGGUAAAACCAGACCCUUCGAGAGCAAACAUACCAAAGAUCUCGAGGAGUGGAUUCUAGAAUACGCUAAUCAAUUGCCACCUCCGGAGGAUUACAUCAUUCCAGGCGGUGGAAAAGCCUGCGCCUCCCUGCACGUCGCACGAACGGUGUGCAGACGUGCGGAAAGAAGUAUCAUAACGCUGGUGCGAGACGGCGCUCUGGAUAAAGAGGCACAGACUUAUCUGAACAGGUUGUCAGACUUCCUUCUAACGAUAUCACGUAUCGCGGCCAAAUGUGACCAGCGCACGGAAAAUAUCUAUAUUCCGCGGGCAGAAGUGACAGAGGAGAAAUAAAAGAACUGAUUUAGAAAUCUU